AUGCGGAUGUACGACGGAACAACUGGUCCAAAUGAUCAUAUAGCUAGUUAUAAGCAAAGGAUGUUCACUACCGCCAUCCCUCGCGAGUUGCGCGAGGCAUGCAUGUGUAAGGGGUUUGGGUCUAGCUUGGCUGGCCUAGCCCUGCAAUGGUAUAUGAAUUUACCCAAUAAUUUUAUUUCUUCUUUUGCUCAAUUAAUGGAUGUUUUUGUAGAACAAUUUGCGAGUAGCAGGAAAUUGGAGAAACUCUCAAAUGACCUAUACCGUAUCAAACAAAGGAGAGGCAAAUCCUUACAAGACUAUGUGGCAAGAUUCAAUGUUGAAAAAGUUUCCAUCACAGCAUGCAACGUGGACACAACCAUUACCGCCUUCCGUAAAGGCCUGCUGGAAGAAUCUGACCUAUACAAAGAACUAACAAAAUAUCCAUGCAGGACAAUGGAGGACGUGCUUGCCAAAGCUUGGGCGCAAAUCAAAUGGGAGGAAGACGAAUUCAAUAGACAAUCAACAACAUCCUACUCUUACUCUCACGACAGUAGAGUACAAAAGAGGGUAGAGCGAUGGCAGUCCUACCGUUAUUCAGAACCUUAUCCGACCAAAAGAUCACGGUCAUACAGAGAUAGCAGGAACUCCACCCAAUCACACAGACGAAGGGAUUACAUUGUCAAGAUAACACUACCUCGACGGAUGAGGGAAUCAGACAAGGGACCGAUUCCUGAAUACAACCUGAACUUUAGCCCUGUUGAAGUAGCUGCAGUAAUGAAGGGAAUGGGAAACCAAGUCAAGUUGCCUGAAAAGAUUAAAAAACCAGCAGCAACGCGCGACACAACAAAGGGGUGUGAAUGUCAUAAUGACCACAUACAUACCACUCCAGAAUGCAUAACAUUAAGGUAUGAAGUGGCUGGAGGAAAGACGACCGUGAGGGAAUCAGACAAGAGGCCAACAACACCACCAGAGCCACCUCAGCACACCCGAACAUGUAAUGUCAUCUUUGGAGGGUCAGAGUUCAGCGGCGUAACAAAAUUAGCCGCUAAGAGGAAUGCACGUGAAAUAGUCGGGACAAAGGGUAGACCAAAGAAACAACCAGCAGCCUACAACGACCAGACCAUCAGCUUCGUGGACAAUAAAGCUUCAGAUUUGCUUAAUCCUCACCAUUAUGCUUUAGUCAUUUCUUUAUUUAUUUCAAAUUGUUUUACUAAACGUAUACUGGUCGAUAAUGAAAGCUCUGCUAACAUCUUAUAUUUGGAUGCUCUCAGGGAGAUGGGGAUCGACGAGGCCACCAUCAUCUGCAAGUCCGCAGUAUUGGUUCACCCUGAUUACCCACCAGCCAAGCAAAAGAGACGUAAAUUUGCACCUAAUCGCAACAAGGUGAUAAAUGAAAGAUACAAAAACUCAUUGACGAGGGAUUAG